UCUCAGCAGCUUCAUCUUCUCUUCUGGUCACUGGUGUGGUUGUGGGAUUGAGUGUUUGCCUGUUGUUCUUCCUCUCACUGCUGCUGAUGUGGAGAUACAAGAAGAACAAAGAUCAGCAGCGUAACAUUAACCAGACAUCAGUCCCAAAUCAAUCUGCACAAUCUCAACUGGAAAACUCUCCUUUACAGUCUGGUUCUGAUCACAUUUAUGACGACGUGACUGAAGUGAAUAAGAGAGACAGAGAUGAUCCAGAUCCCUUGGCAGAGGUCACAUAUUCAGAGGUCACUGUUAAGAAAAAGAUGGACAAAGGUAAUACUAAGGCAGAGUCAAAUAAUGUGACAUACUCAGAAGUCAGAACAAAAGGAAAGAAAUGCAAAAGUAAAGAUAUUAAUACUGCAGGACCCAGUGAUUUGACUUACGCACAGAUCAAUAUACAGGACAAAAAGAACACCAAGGGCAAAGGGAAGAGCAGUGAGUCUGGAGACACUUUGUACUCUGAACUGAACCACAACAGAGAUAGAGAUGCUGAUGCUGGAGUUGGUGAUGCAACUUAUGCUCUAGCUUUUUGGAAGAAGGGUCACAAAAAGAUUAAAACACGUCCCUGAGUGCCGAGAAGACAACAGACGGCUAAAAGAGAUUCACACCAGCAGACACAGUAACACUUGCAUUGCUUAAGAAAUGAAUCUGAGUGAACUGCUUAUGCACAUGCUUGAUUGAAAUACUUUAGAGAUAGGCACUGUAUUAUCUGUACACAUUAUGUAGGGAAACAAAUCUAUCUAUAAUAUAUAUUAAAUCAUUUUCCAUUUGAGCACUUUUGUUUAACAGCUUUACGUGAAACUGCCCUUCAAGUUAUUACAUUAUUACAUGAUUCGACUGGUGCUGUACAGCAAUUAAACAGUGUAAUUGGGCACUUGUUUGAUAGAUAAAUAUAACACGUUCUUUGUCUUAUAAAAUAAUGCUUGUGUUUUUGCCAAGACGGUGAGGCUAAGAUGAUUUUCUUGCAUAUAUUCAUAAAUACUGC